GUUGUUUUGUGAAUGACAAACGAUAAAACAGUUGUCAAACAUACAACUUGCAAUUUUGUUCUUGUUUACCAUAAAGAGUACAAUUUGGUUCAACUGUGUAUUCAAAAACUCGAUUCAAUUGAAUUUUUUAUUUUGUCAGUUCCAAGAUGUUCAAUCAAACGCCAAAUUUCAACAAUCCAUUGUGGACAAAUGGUCCACAGCCUGGUAAUUUUUACAAUUUUCCAGGAUCAAAUAGUUCGAUGAAAAGUGCGAGCAACAAUGGUUCACAAAGAUCAGCCUAUCCAAUUGCGACUGGUUCAUCGGUGGUUGGCAUCAGAUACAAUGAAGGUGUUUUAAUUGCUGCCGAUACACUUGUUUCAUACGGAUCGUUGGCAUCGUUUCGAAAUGUAGACCGUGUAUUUACGAUUAAUGAUAACUGUGUUUUGGGUGCCGGUGCCGAUUAUGCCGAUUUUCAAUGCAUCAAACAUUACAUCGAUGAAAAAAUCACCGAAGAUUUUUGCCACGAUGACAAAAUCGAAAUGAAACCGAAAUCGUUGUACAAUUGGUUGACACGAUGCAUGUAUAAUCGUCGGUGUCGCAUGAAUCCAUGGUGGAUUGAUUUGGUUGUUGGUGGUGUUCAAGAUGGUGAACCAUUUUUGGGACAUGUUGAUGUUCGUGGACGUGCUUAUGAAGACAAAGUGGUUGCCACUGGUUAUGGUAAACAUUUGGCAAUCCCAUUGUUGCGAGAAUAUUCGGAAAAUCCAAAUGCCGUUUUGGACUAUGAUGCAGCUCAAGCACUGCUCAAGAAAUGCAUGGAAGUCUUAUUCUAUCGCGAUUGCCGUAGUUAUCAUCAAUACAAAGUGGCCGUUUGCACAAAGGACGGUAGUAAGGUAUUAGGACCGAUUAAUGUCGAACAGAACUGGCAAUUCGCCACAUCAAUCAAAGGAUAUGCUUAAGCGAAUUUAAACACAAUUACAAUCCAAUUUAAUUACAACAUAUUUUCCAUAAUAAAACUCAAAGUUGAAUAAAUGCUUUUGUGGAACCACAUAAUCUGAAA